CCACGAUGUCCAGUAGACAAGCCGGGAAGCUCAAGCCUCUCAAGGCGCCCAAGAAGGAAAAGAAGGAGGAGAUGGAGGAAGAUGUCGCCUUCAAGGAGAAAAAGAAGGCCGAGGCCGAGGCACUCAAGGCAGCUCGCGAUAAAGCCAUGAAGAGUAGUGGACCGCUGGUUGGUGGUGGUAUCAAGAAGUCAGGCAAAAAGUAGAUAAAUUCGAGAUAAAUUGCUUGGAUGGUUUUUGUGUUGUA